UACAUAGAGAGAGAUAAAGGAGAGUGGAAGAAGCUUUGUUUGGGAGGAAGGAAGCAAUCGUCUCUCUCUCUCUCUCUCUCUCUCUCUCUAGAGUUAUAGAGAGGGAAACUAACAGGAGCUGGCUGCUAAGCACACUGUCUCUCUCACCCUGUCUCUCCUAAUUCUGGUGAAACUGUUUGAAUCGAUUGUUUCGUCAAUUGGGGUUGAGAUAUUGUUGUGUUGUUGAGUUCUAAUGGGGAAAGGGGGGCAAGACUAUGGGAAAAAGGAGAGUUUGGGGGCAGAAUCAUCAUCGAGAGGAGAUUUCUUCGCUGCUUGGGCGAAAGAUGUUCAAGAAUGCGAAGAGAAGUAUGGGGUGAAUCGGGAUUACGGAUUGUCGACCGAUGAAGUGGAGAAGAAGCGGCAGAUCUAUGGAUGGAAUGAAUUGGAGAAACAUGAAGGUCAGUCUAUUUUGAGAUUGGUUUUGGAUCAGUUUAAUGAUACUCUGGUGAGGAUUUUACUUGUUGCUGCUGUGGUGUCUUUUGUCUUGGCUUGGUAUGAUGGUGACGAAGGUGGGGAAAUGGAGAUCACUGCUUUUGUGGAGCCUCUGGUGAUUUUCUUGAUUUUGAUUGUGAAUGCAAUUGUUGGGGUUUGGCAAGAGAAUAACGCCGAGAAAGCAUUAGAAGCUCUUAAAGAAAUUCAAUCGGAGCAAGCAACUGUGGUACGUGAUGGCAAAAAGUUUACUGGUUUUCCUGCAAAAGAACUUGUUCCUGGUGACAUUGUUGAGCUCCGGGUUGGUGACAAAGUCCCUGCUGAUAUGAGGGUUUUGUUUUUGAUUAGCUCAACUCUUCGAGCUGAGCAGGGUUCAUUGACUGGAGAGAGUGAAGCGGUUAGUAAGACAACUAAGCCCGUUCCGGAAGAUUCUGAAAUUCAGGGGAAGAAAUGUAUGGUUUUUGCGGGGACAACAAUUGUGAAUGGGAAUUGUAUUUGUUUGGUUACUCAGACAGGGAUGGAUACGGAGAUGGGUAAGGUGCAUUCACAGAUUCACGAGGCCUCGCAAAGCGAGGAUGAUACACCUCUAAAGAAGAAAUUGAAUGAAUUUGGAGAGUCUCUCACAGCUAUAAUUGGGGUUAUUUGUGCAUUGGUGUGGCUUAUUAAUGUGAAAUACUUUCUCACUUGGGAGAAUGUUAAUGGGUGGCCCACGAAUUUUAAAUUCUCUUUUGAGAAGUGCACUUAUUACUUUGAGAUAGCAGUGGCAUUGGCAGUGGCUGCCAUUCCUGAAGGUUUACCUGCUGUUAUCACAACAUGUUUGGCCCUUGGCACGCGGAAGAUGGCUCAGAAGAAUGCGCUUGUCCGGAAGUUGCCUAGCGUCGAGACUCUUGGCUGCACAACCGUGAUCUGUUCUGAUAAAACUGGUACUCUAACUACCAAUCAAAUGGCAGUGGCAAAGCUUGUGGCAAUGGGUACCGGGCCAGAUGCUACCCGAACUUUCAAUGUGGAAGGGACCACAUAUAGUCCUCUGGACGGAAAAAUUCAAGAUUGGCCCAAGGGUCGAAUGGAUGCGAAUCUCCAAAUGAUUGCAAAGAUUGCUGCUUUGUGCAAUGAUGCAGGCAUUGAACAAGCUGGAAAUCAUUACGUAGCCAGUGGAAUGCCCACUGAGGCAGCAUUGAAGGUUAUGGUUGAGAAAAUGGGACUUCCUGAUGGAUUGGAUUCUGGUACAACUUCAGGUUAUAGAGAUGUCCUACGUUGUUGUCAAGCAUGGAAAAAGCUUGAAAGACGGAUAGCCACUCUUGAAUUUGACCGUGAUAGGAAAUCUAUGGGAGUUAUAGUGAGUUCCAGCUUAGGAAGAGGAAGAAAAUCAUUGCUCGUAAAGGGUGCAGUAGAAUAUGUGUUGGAACGAAGCUCUUUUGUUCAAUUGCUUGAUGGUUCUAUUGUAGAACUGAAUCAAACUUCGAGGGAUAUUAUUUUACAAAGCCUGCAUGAAAUGUCCUCAAGUGCAUUACGUUGUUUGGGUUUUGCCUACAAGGAGGACCUCCGUGAGUUUGCUACAUAUAAUGGUGAUGAAGACCAUCCAGCACAUGAGCUUUUACUUAAUCCAUCUAACUAUUCUGCAAUUGAGAGUAAACUCACUUUUGUUGGCUUGGCUGGCCUAAGAGAUCCACCUCGGAAAGAGGUCCGCCAAGCCAUCGAGGACUGCAGAACAGCUGGCAUUCAAGUAAUGGUUAUUACAGGAGAUAACAAGAAUACAGCUGAAGCUAUAUGUCGCGAGAUAGGUGUAUUUGGACCACAUGAGGACAUUAGUUCUAAAAGCUUAACAGGGAGAGAGUUUAUGGAUCUUCCUGACCCCAAAAGUCAUCUAAGGCAAAGCGGAGGCCUGCUGUUCUCUAGGGCUGAACCAAGGCAUAAACAAGAAAUAGUCAGAACACUCAAAGAAGAUGGUGAAGUAGUUGCAAUGACUGGAGAUGGGGUGAAUGAUGCACCUGCCUUGAAAUUAGCUGAUAUUGGAAUUGCAAUGGGCAUUGCUGGAACUGAGGUUGCAAAGGAAGCUUCUGACAUGGUUUUAGCAGAUGACAAUUUCAGUACAAUUGUUGCUGCUGUAGGUGAAGGCAGAUCUAUUUACAAUAAUAUGAAGGCCUUUAUCAGGUACAUGAUCUCAUCAAAUAUUGGUGAGGUUGCCUCUAUAUUUUUGACGGCUGCUCUAGGUAUUCCAGAGGGUCUGAUUCCUGUUCAGCUUCUGUGGGUCAAUCUUGUGACUGAUGGACCCCCAGCAACAGCUUUGGGAUUUAAUCCACCAGAAAAGGAUGUUAUGAAGAAACCCCCUCGAAGAAGUGACGACUCAUUAAUCAGUGCUUGGAUUUUAUUCCGCUAUCUGGUGAUUGGACUCUAUGUUGGGAUCGCAACCGUGGGAAUAUUUAUCAUAUGGUACACUCACGACUCUUUCUUCGGCAUUGACCUAAGCGCAGACGGUCACAGCCUUGUCACCUAUUCCCAACUUGCCGACUGGGGUCGUUGCCAUUCCUGGGAGGGUUUCUCAGCAACACCUUUCAAGGCGGGGUCUCAAUUGAUUGAGUUUAAAGAUCCGUGUGACUACUUCCAAACAGGCAAAAUAAAAGCAAUGACUCUUGCCCUCUCCGUCUGGGUCGCCAUCGAGAUGUUCAAUUCCCUUAAUGCCCUGUCUGAAGAUGGUAGCCUCUUAACAAUGCCCCCAUGGGUUAACCCGUGGCUCCUCGUGGCCAUGUCAAUUUCAUUCGGCCUUCACUUUUUGAUCCUUUAUGUGCCUUUCCUUGCUCAAGUUUUCAGCAUUGUUCCUUUAAGCCUGAACGAAUGGCUCCUCGUGUUGGCCGUUGCAUUUCCGGUGAUUUUAAUCGAUGAGGUUCUCAAGUUAGUAGGAAGAUGUACAGGUGGAGGCCGAAAACCAGAUUCUAGAAAGUUCUCUAAGCACAAGGAGGAGUGAUCUGGGGACGGUUGUCAUUCGGAAAGCCUGCCAUUGAUCAGGUCUGUCUAUAGCCCUAUUGUUGAAAAACUAGGGUUAGUUUGGACCUGGAAAAUUAAAUUAGAUUGGUAAAACUGGUAUGUAAAACGAUUUACUGUAGAAUUUUUGGAGAUGUAUUUAAGUGUUUAUUUGACUCCAUGAUUUUGGGAUUUAGUUCUAAAAACAUUUAUGCUCUAUUUGGUUCAUUAAAUGGGCUCUCAUAUGGAAUGAAAUCAUCAUUCCCUUGUAAUGGUUUGGAAAA